AUGGUGCACACUUCUGCGAGUUGUGGAAGCUGUCUUGUUUCUUACCCUGUACGUAAACCACAAUCUGUCUAUCUCAUAGAAUGAGAAGUACUACUAGGAUAUUAAUGCUGCUGUGAGCAGAGUGAAGGCAUGGUGAGAGUCAUAAUUCUGGAUUUUGGCACUGGAACAGGACUGCUUUCCAUGAUGGCUGUCACAGCUGGUGCUGGCUACUGCCAUGCUGUGGAGGUUUUCAAGCCCAUGGCAGAUGCUGCUCUCCGAACAGUGAAGAUAAAUGGCUUCUCCGACAAUUUCAAGAUCAUCAAUACACAAGUGACAGUUCGACCAAAUGGAGACAUGCAGACUCGAGCCAACGUCCUCGUCACAGAGCUGUUUGACACAGAACUGAUUGGAGAGGGAGCCUUACCCAGCUAUGAAUAAGCUCAUUUGGCCCCCGAGUGGCUCAGCGGGCUAAGGCAUUGCAUCUCAGUGCUAGAGGCGUCACUACAGACCCUGGUUCGAUUCCAGGCUGUAUCACAACCGGCCGUAAUUGGGGGAGUCCCAUAGGGUGGCGCACAAUUGGCCCAGCGUUGUUAGGGUUUGCCCGGUGUUGUUAGGGUUUUCCCGGGGUAGGUCGUCAUUGUAAAUAAGAGUUGUUUUCUUAACUGACUUGCCUAGUUAAAUACAAAUAACAUUUUACAUUUGGUCCAGGUAAGUGUGUUUGUGUGUAAGAGGCAAAGAAAGAGGCAGAUAUGUAUUUCUCCUGCAGGAGGGCUGUGCCCACUAGUUCCACGGUGUAUACCCAGCUGGUGGAGUCAGAGCAGUUGUGGAGCUAUUUUUACUUUGUCAUGCUCUUAUUUGUAUGUUUACAUGCCUAUUAUUAUGUGAAAUUAUUCCAACACAGCCACACAAUAAGUUAUAUCUGUCUGUAUCCAUCCAGGUGUUCAGUUUGGUAAACUGCAAUGUUGAAGCAGGUCUUUGAACAAGUGAGUGGAAUCAUGUAAAUAAAGCAUUAAUUUAGUUGAAAUAUAUUAGCAAACCCUCAAUGACUACAGGGUUGCUAGUUGCUAAGGCGUGUAUCUCUGUAGGUGCUGGAUGCCAACUGCAUAAGGGGAGAAGCUUUUCGAGCUGAAAGACGAUGGCCAGAGUUUACCCAUGAUGUUGCACAACGAUUUAAAUCAAGUCAUCGUUUUAGUCAAAGUAUGAUAUAUUUGGGCAUGAAGUGACAAAUCCUGAGCUGCCCACUUUUUGCAAAUCUAUAUGAAUACGGUGUCUUUUCCUAUGUUAUGAUGUAGACAUUAUUUUAAGCCUACGUUUCGUUUCAGGACUGGGUUUUGUUUUAAUGUUACCACUCACCAGCAUGGCAUUGUUUAUUAACCAA